CUCUGCCUGAACUCUUUCCACUGACAGGCUUGCUGCCUUGAAAAUUCCUUUUUCUAGGAACAUACCUUUCCACUCCUGGCAAAUUUUAGCGGAUUCAAUUUUGGGAUCUUUUUCUAAGAAAUCAUUUCUGGCCUACUUUGCAAACCUAACUACCAAUUUGAUGAUGAUACAGGAAGUGGUGCCAGUUAUUGGUAACAACAAUGAAUAGAAGCGUUGGAGCCAGCAUGCUUACAAAGAGCACCUUGGCCAAAGCGCUAUAUGACAACAAAGCCGAGUGUCCGGAUGAGCUUGCCUUCCGCAGGGGAGAUAUCCUGACGGUGCUCGAGCAAAACCUCCUGGGGAGCGAGGGCUGGUGGAAAUGUUCCCUCCAUGGAAAGCAAGGCCUGGCCCCUGCCAAUCGCCUCCAACUUCUUACUCCUUUCCAGACACCCUCCACCCUGCUUAACUCCCAAGGUCUGCCAACCAACCCACAGACUAUCUACCAGGUUCCUUCAGCACACAAACUUCCUGCGCCAUUACCCAUCUAUGAAAAAAUGGAUGGUUGGAUCACGCCUCCUCCACCGUCUUCCUCCGCUUCUUCCCCGAUCACACAAGAAGAGUGUAAAGCACCAGCUUUGGCUGCAAAACUGUUCAGUGAGAAGACCCAGAGUUCAUCAAAUCAGCACCUCUUCACUCUUCCCAGAGCGAUGUUGGCAUCUGCACCGGAGAGCAAAUGUGAUAUAUAUGAUGUCCCAUCACCACAGCAUCGUGUAUCCCUGUUCACUCAGGGUCUUGCCACUCCACCCUCUUCCAGAAAGGGCUCCUGUCCAUUCCCCACCACAGAAUGUUUCCUGGAAAAUGCACAGCGGCUUUAUGACAUCCCACCAAACCCAGAAAAAGCAAGAGUUCACACAUGGCAAGAGUGUCCUUUGGACAAUGUGUAUGUCAUCCCUGAAAGCUUCAGAGGAACCUCCCAGAGAAAACAUCCAGGUCAUUUCAAAACUUUACCAAACCUUCGGAAAUCAGAAUGGAUUUAUGAUAUACCUGUGUCACCUGAAAAAACAGAAUUAAAACAAACUUCUCAGACUCAUUCUGCAAAUAAGCAUGUGAUUUAUGAUACUCCACCAGCUAGAUUUGAUUCUGGCAUGCCGAAAAUUCCAUCAUCAGAUAACAAAGAUAAAUCAGCUGGUUCAGAAAUAUAUGAUGUUCCACCCAUACAAAGGAAAUGUACUUUUCCAGAGAUUCCUCUUUAUGAUGUACCAUCCACACAUGAUGUGUUGUUGCAGCAUCAAAAUGGUAACUAUAACAUUCCUUCAGCUGCUCUCUCCUGCAGGACUGAGAAGGAGAAACAUCAAGAGAAUCUUUAUGAUAUUCCAAAAGGAAUGCCUACUGCUUUGCUUCCAAAGAAAGAAAACACGGUUAGUAAUUAUUCCGGGGACAACAUGUGUGUUUGUUCCCCACAGUCGUCCACAGAUGGCAAAGUGGACCAAGACAGACUGUCUGUCUCAAGUGUGGACAGCAGAACCAGCAGCAUUUCAACAUUGUCAAGCUCUUCCACUGAGUCCUUUUCAUCUACAGUGUCAUCAUCUACUCCACCUUCAUCUUCAGAAGAACCCAGUAAAGAAACAACCAUGGACCUUGAGUCGGCCAUAGAAACUUUGACUAAGUUACAGCAUAGCGUGUCCAGUUCAAUUGCAAGCCUAAUGAUCUUUGUCAGCAGCAGGUGGCGACACCAGGAACAUCUGGAGGGAAACAUUGAGGAAAUCCAUCGAGCGGUUGAUCACAUAAAGGUCUCUUUGGGAGAAUUCUUGGACUUUGCUCGAACCAUUGAAGGAAAUGCAUCUUGGAGCUCUGACAGUAAGCUUCAGAAGAGAUUUAAAAAACAGCUGGAUAUCCUCACUGACUCAUUUCAGAUACUGGUGGAAACUAGAGAUGCAUUGAACAACUGCAAAUGGUCACUUAAGGUUCUGGUUAUUAAGAAGCCUCAGAGCAAUCCAGAUGACCUGGAUCGGUUUGUUAUGGUGGCUCGUACCAUCCCAGAUGAUAUCAAGAGAUUUGUAUCCAUCAUCGUAGCUAACGGGAAGCUACUUUUCAGAAAGAAUGGCAAAGAGAAAGAUGCCAAAGCUCGGAUUGCUGGUGCAGAGCAUAAUAUGACAAAGUGCACUGUGGAACAGAAAGUAGAAGACAGUUCUCUUCUGAAAAAUAGUUUGGAUAAACCAAAAGAAGAUAGCCCAAAUUUGGAGAAGGCAAUAGCUAACAUCACCAAGGACUGUGAUCAUAUCCAGAAGCCAUUAGAAUCGAAACAAGCACAACUAUCUCUUUCACCUACCCAGGCACAGAAGAGUACAGAGUUUAAAAUAAAGGGUUCUCCACCUACAAUGAAACAUAGCAUUUUGAACAAGCAAGAUUCAGCUGAGAAAAUGGUGCUGUCCAGUAUCUGCAGACUGUAUUUUGGUGCUGUUCAGAAGGCCAUUGCUGUUUUCCUCAAAAGCCUUGAUGCUGAUCAGACCCCUGAAGUCUUCAUAGCCAAGAGCAAACUGAUUAUUAUGGUGGGCCAAAAGUUGGUUGAUGCCUUAUGUCAGGAAGCCCUUAAGAAAACCAAUCGAAAUGAGAUCCUGUGUGGCAGCUGUAAUUUCUGUGCCUUGCUGAAGAACUUGGCAAUUGCCACCAAAAAUGCAGCGAUGCAGUAUCCAAGUCCUGAAGCAAUGAGGGAACUUCAGGAUCAAGUCGAUGGCCUGUCAAAGUACAUACAACAGUUCCGGGCAAUGAUGGAAUAGUGAUGAUUCUGCUGCUUUUCUGACAAUGCAUCUAUUGGCAGGACUCAAAGUGGCACAAGAACUGUGUUUCAUUUUUAGAUGUGAUAGAGAGACUCUUCAUAUGUUAAAGAGAUAUGUGUCAGUCUUCUGCCUCCUCAAGGAGGAUAAUAGCACUGUAGCUCCCUACUUCACAGGGGUGUUGUGAGAAUAAAUUUAUAGGCAUUUGGUAGAAUAUGUUGAAUCCUAUAGAUACAAAUAGUCUGGAGCUGUCCAGAAGGCCAUUAGUGUAUUCAGCAACAACACUGAGCAGAUUCCCAAGGCCAACUUGUUGCUAACAUCUUGUUGGAUGAAAGUUGGCAGACCCUCUUGGGUGGUGCUAAGUUAAACAUGGUUAAUCACAAUUCAUGGAUUAAGUGAGAGGAUCAUGUGCUCCUUUCUCCCCAGUCCUUUUGUAUAUGUAGCAAAGGGGACCGUGCAUUCCAUGAAAAAGACAGCAUUCCCUUAAACAGAAUUGACAAUGGUCAGGCAUACCCAUCUAACUUGCUUUUAGAUUAAAUGGAGAUUUACAAAUGGAGGGUAUAAGGCAGGAGCACACAAUUCUACAUGCUGUUUUUGGUUCCCAAAACCAAAAAUUAUUGCUGUGUAUACAUUAGUCAUAUUAGGGAUUCGGAAAAUAGCUUUGUAACAGUCGUCAUUUUUCUGGACCACUGAAGUUCUAGCUGAUACACAUAAAUUUUCACUGGAGGGAUUGUGUUGCAUCUGAGGCAUGGGUGUGUCAAUAUGGAUUAUGGAGAAUUGCUAUCAUUAGUCAAGCCACAGGUAGUUCCACAUCUCAGGAUUUCAUUGCAUCUAGGAAAAACAGAUAGCUAUCCUAGGAAGUAUAAGAGAAUGGUUUAAUAUUAGUCCGUAGAUACUUAAAACAGUGGUUAUACUCAUUAUGCCACUAAUAAAUCUUCUAAUGUCUCAGAGUUACACCUUUUCCCUAAACAUUGGACUACUCACACUUCAUUUCUUGCCACACCAUAGUGUCCCUCUUCCACUGGCAAUCCUAGCCGGGGAGCCGCAGCCUUCAUUCCUCUUCCCACCAGCUGCCUCUUGCAAACAUGCAACAGCAGUACUCUCUAUGGAAUGGGUCCUCAAACUAUGGCCUGCGGGACGGAUCUGGCCCGCCAUGGCCAUCCAUCCGGCUGUUUGCUGCCUGCAAGCGCCUGCUGCGAGG